UAACAUUCCUCAAGUUUAACGACUUGGACAAUGUGAAUACUAUUUUUAGUAGUUGCGAUGACAAUGAAAUGAUAGUACUAUUCCCUUUGUUAGAGCAACUUGUUAUUGAUAGCAUGAAGAAUUUGAGGAAAUUAGUGUCUUCUAGCAGUUGGAGUACUGGAGCAUUCCCUAAUCUAUGCACGCUGAAUAUAUCUGAUUGCCCAAAACUAGGGAGGUUGCCUCCACAUCUCAAAGCACUCAAGCAUCUAACUGUUGAAGGUAAUCAAUGUUCCGAUGAAUUGUUAUAUAGCAUCUCGAAUCUUAAUGGGCUAACAGAUCUAAGAGUUUAUGGUUUCGAAAAUGUGAAGUACAUAUUCACAGUAAACAACAUGAAUACUAGUGGCGAUGACAUGAAUGGAAUUGAAGUAGUAUUAUUCCCUUUCUUGAAGGAGCUUCGUAUUUCUGACAUGAAGAAUUUGAGGGAAUUUGUGUCUCCUACUAUUCCUAGUCCUAGUUGUUGCGGUAGUGCUAUUACUGGAACAUUUCCUAAUCUAUGGAAGAUAAUCAUAACUCAUUGCCCAAAGUUAGGGGCCUUGCCACCGCAUCUCAAAUCACUCGCAGAUGUAGCUAUUCGGGGUGAAUGUUCGGAUGAGCUGUUAUAUAGCAUCUCAAAUCUUAGUGGUCUCACUCAUCUCUGCAUUGAAGAAAUGAAUGAAAGAAGUGUUUUAUUUCCAUCUGCAUUAAGGUUUGGUAAUGAUGAUGAGAUACCAUCCUCAACCUUUACAGACAAUAAUGAAGCACAAGGAAGACAGUCAACUUUCCAAUCUCUUCGGCAUCUGAAAAUUUACAAUUGCUCGAAGUUAAGGCGUUUGUUUAAUGAGGGAAUGAUAAUGCAAGAGACAUUAACGAUUAGUGGCUGUCAGAACCAACAAAAUCAUCUCCAAGGACAAACAAAAAGAACAAGUGGUCUCACCAACCUCAUGAACUCCCUCAAGGAAUUGUUAAUUCGUAAUUGUCCCAAGUUGAUGAUAUCACUUGAGGAAUUCGGAAACCUCAAUAUUAAUAAUUCAUUGCAGAGUUUGAAUAUUAAAUACUUUCCUAAGUUGGUGUCUUCAGAAGAAGCGGACGAUUUUAUGGCACUCCUGCGUUCCCUCCGAACAAGAAUUGGUCGUCAGAAGUUCACAGUAGAUUUUCUAUUGGAUGUGGAAGAGGAAGAACAGAGCAAAGUUGCCAUAUAAGCAAAUUUGGAAGUUAUUGUGCCAAAGUGCGCGCAGACCACAUUGAAAUCAAAUUCCUGGAAUAAGUCAGAGAAGUGUUUUACUCAAUAGCCUAUUGAAUUCUAAACUGGAUCUCAGCCGUGGAAACGUAUUCAGACAGGAAAAGCUCAGUUUUAACUUUGAUCUCGGGACAGAAAAAUACAGAGUAAUUCAACAGUCAGAAUACCGUGGACUAAUUUAGGAGGAUUCCUAUCAUGAAGUUGUCAUUACUACUCAUCAAUGGUGGAUCCAGAUUGAUUACACUGUCACCAACAAUUCUUUCUAUACCUUUUCCAAUUGAUCAAUUUCCUAUCAGAGGGGUUUAAGUUGGUGCAAUCAUUCCUCUGUUAGAUUCCUAUCAUGAAGUUGUCAUUACUACUCAUCAACGGUGGAUCCAGAUUGAUUAAACUGUCACCAACAAUUCCUUCUAUACCUUUUCUGAUUGAUCAAUUUCCUAUCAGAGGGGAAUAAGUUGGUGCAAUCAUUCCUCUAUAAGGAAAUUCAGGCAUCUCUUGGUUAUAUAGAAAGUGGGGAAGUUUUUGUUGAUGUGCCAAACUAUGAAUCACAACAGUUAUAGCCAAAUGUUCUAUAAGAGUAUUUGAUCUAAUUUUCUUUGCAUCUUUAAUUGGAUUUCAACUCUCUCACGGAAUUGAGAAUUGAAGGAUGCCCAGAGUUGAUGAUAUCACUUGAGGAUUUUGGAAACCUCAAUAUUGAUAAUUCACUACAGAGAUUGCAUAUCUGGGGAUGUCCUAAGUUGGUGUCUUCAGAAGAAGAGGACGAUACUAUCGCACUCCUACGUUCCCUUCGAACAAGACUUGGGAACUUCUAUGUAGAUACUCUAUUGGAAAAGGAAGACGGUGAGCAGAGCAGCGCAUAGUGGCCAUAUAAGCAAAUUUGGAAAAUUCAUGCAUCUUGUACUUGUAGAAUGCCAGGAAGUUAUUGUGCAAAAGUGCAUGCAGACCACAUCGAUGUUAAGGUUUAUAGUUUGAAAUCAAAUUCCUGGAAUAAAUCUGAGAAAUUCAAUAGCCUAAAGAGCUCUCCACUGGAUCUCAGCUGUGGAAACGGAUUCAGACAGGGAAAGCUCCAUUUUUACAUUUGAUCUCGGGACAGAGAAAUACAGAGAGUCCUCAUACUAUUUAUAUGCUGGCAAUUUAGGAGGAUGCCUAUCAUGAAAUUGUCAUUACUACUCAUCAAUGGUGGAUCGAGAUUGAUUACACUGUCACCAACAAUUCCUCUGAAUGUGAAACCAUUUACUUAUUCAAAAUGUGGUAAGAAAGUACUAUUGAAAAUGGAUUAUGUGAACAGGACUCAGUUGAGAAAACUAGGGUUCAUGAUAUGGAAGAUUUAAACAAUGUACACACUUGCAUGGAAUAGUCUCAUCUCUUGCUAUAACCAAUGUUAUGAAGAAUCUUCAAUAAAUAGAGAAAAAAAUGAUCAAUUUCCUAUCAAAGGGGUUUAAGUUGGUGCAAUCAUUCCUCUAUAAGAUAUUUUUCUACAGAAGUCAUCUCAGGUGAAAGAUUGGUUGAUAUUUGAGACAAUACAUCGAUCUAGUGUUGCUGUUAAAGAACUAUAUGUCCUACCAAUUGUUGGGAUUGGGGAUCUAGGUAAAACAACACUUGACCAAAUGGUCUUCAAUGAUGACAAUGUUACUAAGCAGACGAAUUUGAUGUUAUCACUUGAGGAAUUUGGAAACCUCAGUAUUAAUAAUUCACUACAGAGAUUGAUUUUCAUGGAUUGUCAUAAGUAGGUGUCCUCAAAAGAAGAAGAAGACGAUGUUAUCGGGUUGUCAGAUAUUAUUCCAUAUUGAGGAUAGCAGAGCAAAGUGAAUAUAAAAAUUCAGGCAUCUUCUGCUUCUAGUAACAUAUCGCCCAAACCUACGGGCCCUUCCACCACAUUUCAAAGCACUCAAAGAUGUAACUGUUCAGGGUGAAUGUUCAGAUGAGUUGUUAUAUAGCCUCUCAAAUCUAAGUGCUCUCACUCAUCUCUUUCUUCGUGAUAUGAAUGAAAGAAGUGUUUUAUUUCCAGCAGCACAAUUAGGAGUACGGUUAACUUUCCAAUCUCUUCAACUUCUGAACAUUGAGAAUUGCAAGAAGUUAAGGCGUUUGUUUGAUGAGGGAAUGAUAAUGCAAGAUACAUUAAAGAUUUGUGGCUGCGAGAAGCAACAAAAUCAUCAUCAUCAUCUUCAAGGACAAACAGUAAGAACAAGAUGUGUCACCAAUCUCAUGAACUCUAUCACGAAAAUGGAAUUGAGUGGUGCCCCGAGUUGAUGAUAUCAGUUGAGAAAUUUGAAAACCUCAAUAAUAAUAAUUCACUCCAGAGAUUGAUUAUCAGGGAUUGUCCUAAGUUGGUGUCUUCAGAAGAAGCGGACCAUUUUAUUACACUCAUGCGUUCCCUUCGAGCAAAACUUGUUCCUAUCAACUUCGAUGUAGAUAUUCUAUUGCAUAAAGGAAGACGAGAACAAAGCAGGGCAUAGUGGCCACAUAAGGAAAUUUGAAGAUCACAGUAGAUUUUCUAUUGGAUGUGGAAGAGGAUGAACAGAGCAUAGUGGCCUUAUAAGAAAAUUUGAAAAAUUCAGCCAUCUUCUGCUUCUAGAAAAUGGAGGGAAGUUAUUUAUAAAGCUAUUGUCUAUACCCCCAAAUUGCAGACCUCCCAUUCUGAUUAAGUAAUACAGCCAAAUCUCAAACCGUGAAAGCGCGCAAUCAAUCACUCACACCCUUCAAGCCAAAUGUUAUAUAAAAGUAUUUGAUCUAUUUUUCUUUGCAGUUUUAAUUGGAUUUCAAUAUUAUUUACAUAUUUGAUGCAUAUAUAGUUAGAUCUAUCUUUUGAUCAGAAAAUUGUUUUAGAAUACUUGUUUUGUGAAGGAUGUAA